GCGUCGCGUUCCGGGCCCGGCCGGCGGGGGAUGGAGGCGGCGGCGGAGCGCUGGAUGGACCGAGCUCUGCGCAUGGCUAAAGAAGCAUUGGAAAAUGGGGAAGUUCCUGUUGGCUGCCUUAUGGUCUACAACAAUGAGAUCCUAGGAAAGGGGAGGAAUGAGGUGAAUGAAACUAAGAAUGCUACUCGACAUGCAGAAAUGGUAGCAAUCGAUCAGGUCCUAGACUGGUGUCAUCAACACGACAAGGAUCCUGCAGAAGUGUUUGCACACACAGUGUUGUAUGUAACUGUAGAGCCUUGUAUUAUGUGUGCAGCUGCCCUGCGCUUGAUGAGAAUCCCAUUGGUUGUCUAUGGCUGUCAGAAUGAGCGAUUUGGAGGUUGUGGCUCAGUUCUGAACAUCUCCUCUGCUAACUUAACAGAUACUGGCGAACCAUUUCAGUGCAUUGCUGGUUAUCGAGCUGAAGAAGCAGUGGACAUAUUAAAAACCUUCUACAGACAAGAAAAUCCAAAUGCACCGAAAUCAAAAGUACGGAAAAAGGAAUGCAAUAAGUGAUAGUCCUCUACUGAUGGAAAACUGAAAGAUAACAAAAUAAUGAUUUGUGGAAAAGAUCUCUUCAGUGUUCCCUUUGAUACAGCAUUUGGGUAUGGAAUGGAAACAUUCAUGAAUUUCAAAUGUGUUGAUCUGUAUGGUUUCACUAGUUGAACAUUAUCGGUUUCUGUCAUUUUCUAUGGUUAGUAGGUUGACUGAUUUCUAAUCACCAAACAUAGCCUUUAUGAAGAAUAUAAUGUUUCUGUUUGGUGGGGAAUAUUUUGAAUUAUAGUUCAGACUGAACUUCUUUUCAGCCAUAUGGAUUUAGCACUCCAUUGGAGUAACUGCCAUUCUGUACAGCGCAUGGAUGAAUAUCUGUGUCCUUUUGUCUAUGGAGCAGCUUCUUGCUGUUAGACAGCAGGUACUUGUAGAGCCUAGAUCAAUACCAAAAGUGGAUAAACAAGCCACUUAGAAAGUUACAUUCAUAUACAUACAUAUUGAAUUAGAAUACAAUUAAGAGUUACAAGAGGGUAACAAAAGGACAGUUAAGCAACUAUGCUGAUCUUGAAAAUUGAGACUAGACCAAUGUAGCAGUUCAUUGUUUUCCACUGUAGAUAUACUGUAGGCCAAACUUUCAAAGAGUUUCUGAAAAGUCACAUAUGCAAAGGCAGAUAUUUAUACAAAACUACAUGUGUGACUACUUGAUUUGCAUGAACAAAUGGUGAUCUGCUGCAUAGUAUUUGUACGUGAAUUUUUGGAGGUUGCCAUGAAAGUUUGUCCUUCUUACCCCUCUCUUCAAUGUUAGUAUAUAGAAAAAAAUUACAGUUAAGAAUUAAAUCCUCCAGUCAGUUGGACUCAUUCUGAACUACUAAAUCAUGGCAUUUGAAAUGUGUAAUCACAAAUGUGAAAGCUAGGAAAGGAAAAUGGCAGUAAGAAAAAGAGAACAAGAUGCACGACAGUCUACCUUUUGGAGCAUUUGUUAUUUAAAUGUCACUCACAUAUGCUUUUGCUUGGCUGUGCUGUAAUUCAUAAUCCAGAAGAGGGCCUAACUGUUCCACUAAUGAAUAAAAAGUAUAGGUUUAAGUUGAAUCCUUGAUUAUAUUGCUUUUGGUGGAUAUUUUUCUUGAGGAAAAACAUCUUGUGAUUUAGUCAGUUGAAAUGCAGAAAUUUUGAGAUGUCUUAUUUUUUAUUACAGAAGAGAGAUUAGAAUUCUAUGGAUACAAAAGUCAAAAUCAUGGUACAAUUAAAUAUUUUCUACAAUUAGAGUAACGUUGAAAAAGUAGAAUUUUUUGUUUUUGAUGGUAAAAUAAAGUAACUCAUUUGCCACCAGUUCCCCCAACACCUUGGAAUUUAUUUUCUUUAUAUAAUUUUCUCAGUGUUUAUAGUUUCCUGAUUGGAGGAAAAAGGAACUUAAAAAAAAAAGAUUGUGCUGGGCUCCUAUAUGCUAUUUUUAAUAUUGCUGUUAUUUACAAGAUUUUUAAAUUAUUCCUUUUGUUUA